AUGAAGGAUCCCUUCUUCGUCCCGCCAAUACCAUGGCUGUCCGAGCUGGUGCAGCCGUUCAGUGACCGUUACGGCCUCCCUUCGCUGCCGCUGCAUAUCCACGAAGUGCUUCUGUCUGCCAUAUUCUAUUCACUCAUUUUCUGGCCCAUUUCGCCGAUUCUGUCGAGAUUAAUAGCGCCCCAGCACUAUUCCAAAUUAUCUCGCAAACGACGGCUGAACUGGGAUGCUCACGUGGUGUCUUUUAUCCAAAGCACCUUGAUCAACCUCAUUGCCAUCUGGAUCAUGGUGGUAGAUGAAGAGAGAGGCAAUAUGGAUCAGGAAGAGAGAGUAUGGGGCUAUACCGGUGCUUCAGGUAUGGUCCAGGCCUUGGCGGCUGGCUAUUUUGUAUGGGAUCUGUUUGUGACCAGCUUCAACCUGGACGUGUUUGGGCUCGGAACUCUUGCGCACGCCAUCGCAGCUCUGCUGGUCUACACCCUUGGAUUUCGUCCCUUUGUCAACUAUUACGGACCUGUCUUCAUCCUCUGGGAGCUUUCCACGCCCUUCCUCAACAUUCAUUGGUUUUUCGACAAGGUCAACAUGACUGGAUCCCGCGCCCAGCUUUACAACGGCAUUCUUCUGCUCUUCAGCUUCUUCUCUUGCCGACUCAUCUAUGGCACCUUUCAAUCGUUUUGCGUCUUUAGAGACAUGUGGUCUGUUGUCAAUGCUCACCCAGCAAAGACGUUUUCUCAAUCGCCCGUCAUGAUCUUUACGACGUCAGAGACCACCGUUCCCUCCUGGCUUGCAACAUCAUAUCUCGUGUCAAACACCACUCUCAACUUCCUCAACUUUUACUGGUUUAUCAUGAUGAUAAGUGCUGUUCUUAAACGAUUCCAGCCGAACGAGAAGCACGAGACGGCUACAGAAGCUGAGGUGGACUUGUCUUCGGUUGUCUCUGGAAUAUCUAGGGGCCCAGAGCCGCAGCGUCGGAAGCAGGGCAAGUCUUGA